AGUACCUAUUUUACAACAAGGGCAACUGUACACUGCGCGUGCUCUCUUGAGUCGUCGAAACUGUCAUUUAGAAAUCGUUAGGGUCUUAAUAGUUAUUUAUAAGAGUGCAAAUGAAUCUUUAUAGUUGAAAGGCAAGUAGCGUGGCCAACGUGGCAUUUGAGCUCAAUCCGGGCAUCGCAUGUGCAGCAGGAACACGGUGCGGUGGCUGUGGUCGUGUGUGUGAAGGGCAUGGUGGGGCUGCUAAGGGCUCUUCGGACCCUGCGUCUCAAAACUCCGGCCGCGGUCUCGGGCUGGCUCACUGUACCGGUGCGGCUCGUCCCUCUGGUGGCUUCGUGCGCGUUGUUCACGGUGUGGAGGACGUGUCCCGUCAGGACGCUGCAGGUGAGCUCUGCCUUAUGUGCCGGACACAACAAGUGGUCAAAAGUGAGACACAUUAAGGGACCUAAAGAUGAGGCAAGAGCGAGAAUGUUUAUGAAGUUUGGUUUGAUGAUCAGAAUAGCUGUAAAAGAAGGUGGAUCAAACCCAGACCUGAAUGUGAAUUUAGCCAACAUAGUGGAGCAGUGCAGGAACAAGAACAUGCCGAAAGCAUCUAUAGAUGCAGCAAUCAAGGGUGCGGAAAAGUCUAAACCAGUAUCCCAGCACAUGUUUGAAGCUCGGGGGCCUGGUGGAUGUCUGCUGCUAAUGGAGGUCCUGACUGACAACAACUCUCGAACCCUCCAGGAAAUCAAACGCCUGCUUACCAAGCAUGGAGGGAUGCUGUCAGAUAAAACCGGUCACAGCUUCCACCGCAGGGGGGUGGUGGUGGUGCCAGGCCAGGACAUAACUGCAGAGAGAGCUCUGGAGCUGGCCAUCGAGGCUGGAGCCGAGGAUGUCCAAGAGACUGAGGAUGAGGAGAACAAUCCCAUUCUGAAGUUUACUUGUGACCCGACAGAUCUGAAGAAUGUGCGGACUUCACUGCAGGGGCUUGGGGUCCAGAAUACGUCAGCUGGGUUAGAGUUUGUUCCCCGCAGCCACUCUACUCUGGACCAGGACCAGAUGGAAGAUGCCUCGACUCUAAUAGAAGCCCUCAGUGACUGUGCAGAUGUUGUACGAGUGUGGGACAACAUCCAGGCUGAAAGCUGAGCUCAGUUUAUGGACAUUUGGUGGACACCUCAUAUAACAUGUGGAGUAUCUUAAUUUAACCAAGGAUUUGCCAGCUUCUGCCUAUAAGUGGAUGUUGUCAUGAUACAGUUUUGGUGCUUUCUGUGUUAGAAAUUAUGGAAGGAAAAUAAAAAAUAAAAAAAAUAUUGAUAAAAAUUUUUCAAACCACAUAUCUUCUGAGCUUUUUUAAAACAAAGUAUUUUAUGAAUAUAAAAAUUAACUU